AUGAAAGAAAAAGCUAUUCAACAGUUGUUAAUAGAUAAUUCUCCACCAAAUAGUGACAAUGAAGUACAUCCAGUUGAACAAGAUCCUCUCACUCAAUCAGCUCUAAGCCUCAUACCUAAUUCAUAUCUGAAUCGUUUGGAUUACGGUAAUAGUAAUUCUUGUCAAGGGUGCCUAAAGAAAAUAUUCUUCAGAGAAAGAACACUUACAGAAAUGUGGAGUAAAAAGUUUCUAGCAGUGAUACCCCCAAUCCUGAAGAAACGAAAGGAGUCAGCUCACAAAGCCGAUGUCGCCACACACCAAGCGUCAAAUGAAUAA